UUGCGCUUUUGUUCUAUUCGGUUCUUACAUCCGUCUCGGUCUACUUUUUGAGUGAGAAGCCAAAAAAUUAGUUGACUCUCAGACAGACUAAAAUUCGAAUAGCAAAGUUAAUUUGUCCCAUCUUUUUCUAUAUUCAACUGGCCACAUCUGCGGAUUGCAAUAUGGCAGAUUCUGAUGAUGAAUAUGAUAGAAAAAGGCGGGAUAAAUUCAGGGGUGAGAGAACUGAGUCAUAUUCGCGGGAGAGAAGAGAGGAUCGCAGACGUGAUGACUGGGUUGAUAGGGAGUGGUCCAGUCGUCCUAGACAGCGUCCCGAAUAUCGAGAAUAUCGAGGUGGAGGUAGCGGAGGACGUGACCGUUACAGUCCCGCGAGAUCUCAGGAAAUGGCGCAGCCUUUGAAACGGAUGCGUUUCGAUUGGGACGACAGACCUAGAUACGGACACGAUUAUUACGGCGGUGGAGGUGGCAGUGGUGGUGGUGGUGCCGGNGGCGGCGGUGGCGGCGGCGGCGGUGGCGGUGCCGGCGCUGGCAAUUCUUGGAGUCCCGAUCAUUACGCACCACCUCAUCAUAGCAACCAUCACUAUGGCAACCAUAGUAACAGCAACAGUCGAGAAGUAGCUGGUAAUUUCAGUACUUCGAAUGUUGAAACUCAACCACCUAUGAUGUCAUUUAAAGCAUUCCUUGGUACUCAAGAAGAUACUAUUACCGAUGAAGAAGCCAUUAAACGCUACAAUGAGUACAAAUUGGAAUUCAAGAGACAACAGCUUAAUGAAUUCUUCGUUGCGCACAAAGAUGAAGAAUGGUUCAAAAUAAAAUAUCAUCCUGAAGAAUCGGUGAAGAGAAAAGAAGAGCAGGUAGCAGCAUUAAAGAAACGCGUCGACGUUUUUAUGGACUUGCUAGAUUCGAAGGCAAUAGAUAAAGUGUCGAUUGAUGCCGAUCAAGCGGACGCAUUGCUGUAUCUUUUAGAUGCGGUAGUUAUCAAGCUGGAAGGAGGGACGGAAGAAGAUUUGCAGGUUUUGAGUAUUAAACCACCCAAACCUAUGAUAGCUAAAGAUGUUUCCAAGGAAAAAGAAGAUAACAAAGCUAAAUCUGUGACAGAAAAGAAACCUGAAAACAGCGCUAGUGACGAAAACAAAAUGGAUGACGUGCAGACCGAAGAAAAAAAUGCCAAAACUGACACUAUUCAUGUUAAAAUCGAGAACGCGGAAAAAUUAUCAAACAGCAGCAGCAGCAACAGCAGCAGCAGUAGUUCUUCCGGUAGUGACAAUAACAAACCGGAUACAGCAACAACAGAAACUCCUGCUACUGUAAAAGUGGAGACCGCUAACGAGAAAGGGGCGGAAGAAAAUGCCAAUGAAAAAGACGCUAAAGAAGAAAAUCAGGAAGACAAAACGGAAUCAAAACCUGCCAAUAAAACGUCUACUAUCGAACCAGAAGCGGUGAUUGAUUUAGCCAGUGAAGACAAAGACAAAGAACCGAGAGCCUUACAUAAAACGAGCAGUAUCUUCCUUCGUAAUUUAGCUCCGACUAUCACCAAAGCAGAGGUCGAAGCGAUGUGCAAACGGUUUCCUGGAUUCUUACGUGUGGCUAUAGCAGAUCCACAACCAGAAAGACGAUGGUUCCGCCGUGGUUGGGUAUCUUUCAAGAGACAAUCAAAUAUCAAAGAUAUUUGUUGGAGUUUGAAUAAUAUUAGACUUCGUGAUUGCGAGCUCGGUGCGAUAGUGAACAGAGAUCUGUCGCGACGAAUUCGAUCGGUAAAUGGCUUGACAUCUCACAAACAAAUAGUUCGGCACGACAUCAAGCUCAGUGCUAAAAUUGUUCACAAUUUGGACAAUAGAGUAGGGUUGUGGAAAGAGGAGAAGAAGGAUGAGAGUGCAGGAAAACAGGAAGAAAAUAAGGAGAACAAAACCGAUCAAAGUACCAUUGAGAUUGAGCAAUCUGCUUUUGGAUUGUCAUCUAAAAAUCCAGUAUUGAAGAACAUAACAGAUUAUCUGAUAGAGGAAGCUUCAGCCGAGGAGGAAGAAUUACUAGGUAUGUCGGGAGAACAAGAAGAAGGUCAAUUGGGUGACGGAGACAGUUCGAUCGAGAGGGAUCCAAUUUUGAUCAAGGUAUUGGAUAGACUAUUGCUGUACUUGAGAAUCGUUCAUUCGGUCGAUUACUACAAUCAUUGCGAAUAUCCGAACGAAGAUGAGAUGCCAAAUAGAUGUGGAAUAAUGCACGUGAGAGGACCGGCGCCCAGCAGCAAGAUUUCCAGUGCGGAAUUAUCGGAAUAUUGUCGUAAUUUCGAGAGCAAAAUGUCUGCUUUUCUACAACCGAUAGCCACCUUAUCGGUCGAAGAAUUCGAGAAACUGGGCGCUAAAAAUGCCGAAGCUGAAGUCGAGAAAUUCGUUCAAGCCAACACCCAAGAAUUGUCAAAAGACAAAUGGCUAUGUCCUCUUAGCGGGAAGAAAUUCAAAGGACCCGAUUUUAUUCGCAAACAUAUUUUCAACAAGCAUUCUGAAAAAGUUGCUGAAGUAAAAGCGGAAGCUGAAUAUUUCAACAACUAUCUGAAGGAUCCGAAAAGACCUCAGCUUCCUGAACAUCCUGGUAACAAGGUCCCACUAAGAGAGCCACGCGAUACUUUCUCUUCAUAUCCGAACUCAUUUGCCAAUUACGGCGGUGGAUAUGGCGGCAACCGUGGCGGUUAUGGUUCCGGCUACGGCGGGGGAUUUGGUGGCGGAUUUGGGGCACCGCGAUCUAAUCGUGGCGGAUUUGCUCGAGGACGUGGCGGUAGCGAUUUCCGACCCAUCAUACAUUAUCGAGACCUUGAUGCGCCGCGAGAACCGGAUGAAUUCCUAUAAGAUGAUCACGUUAAGAGGUAUUAUUACUACUUGACACAAAGAUAUAUAGAUGUAAUAUGUUUAGAGAAUCACACUUGAAGCUUCUUCAACGUUACAUUUUUUUAUAUAUAACAGUAUUCAUAAAUGUAUGAAUAUAGCAUACUUGUGUCCAUAUAUUUAAAUAAUAAACUUUUGGCCAAAUA